GUAAUGGGAAUUAAGCAGCUGUCCAAGGUGAUUGCUGACAUAGCACCUGGCUCAAUUAAGCAGCAAGAAAUGAAGAAUUACUUCGGGAGAACAAUAGCUGUGGAUGCAAGUAUGUGUUUGUAUCAGUUCCUCAUUGCUGUCAGAACUGAAGGAUCCUACCAACUAACUGACGAUAAAGGAGAAACCACAAGCCACAUCAUUGGGAUGUUUUACAGAACAAUCAGAAUGAUGGACAAUGGUCUCAAACCUGUAUAUGUAUUUGACGGUAAACCACCAACAAUGAAGGGAGGUGAGCUGGCUAAAAGAACAGAAAAACGUGAAGCUGCUGCUAAAGAAUUGCAAAUAGCUGAGGAAAAGGGCGAUGCAGAGAACAUUGAGAAAUUCUCGAAAAGGUUGGUUAAGGUUGAUAAGCAGCACACAGAAGAUGUAAAACGUCUGUUGACCCUAAUGGGUGUACCUCACGUCACUGCACCAUGCGAGGCCGAGGCCCAGUGUGCUGAGCUCGUCAAAAAGGGCAAGUGUUAUGGUGUUGGCACUGAAGAUAUGGACGCUUUGACAUUUGGAACGAAUAAACUGGUUCGACAUCUGACGUUCAGUGAGUCCAGGAAGAUACCGAUACAGGAGUUCGACCUUGACAGGAUACUGAAAGAGUCUGGUCUCAGUAUGGACAAGUUUAUUGACCUCUGUAUUAUGUUAGGCUGUGACUACUGUGAUACCAUUAAAGGUAUAGGACCGAAGAAAGCCUUGGCUCUGAUCCAAGAUCACCAAGACAUAGAAACAAUCCUCACUAAAAUAGACAAGGAGAAGUAUCCACCACCUGCUGACUGGCCUUACAAAGAGGCUAGAAGGUUGUUUAAAGAACCUGAUGUCGAAGAUGGUGAUAAGAUAGAGUUAAAGUUUAACGACCCCGAUGAGGCCGGUCUGAUACAGUAUCUUUGCAACGAGAAAAACUUUGCAGAGGAACGUGUCAAAAAUGGUGUAAAAAAGAUCUUAGCAGCUAAAAGCAAAUCCAAACAAGGAAGAUUGGACAGUUUCUUUAAAGUUCUUCCUUCAGCUGCGCCCUCACCCAAAGCAAAACGUAAACCUGAUCCCAAGUCAAAAGCUAAAGGGAGUGCUUCAAAAAGAGGGAAGCGAUGAUGCAUAACUAUUAUUUGCAUCUGAAAUAUUUCUACCUUAUACUGGUAGACACGGUGCAUUCUAGUGUUGAUCUUUCUAUGAUCCUUGCAGUGGAUAGAUCCACUUUUUAAAUGCUGACAAUUUUUAGAUUUUUAAUGGUUUUUACAGCUUCAUUAAUUUUCCUUGUAUUAUAUAUUUAAGAUUUUAUUUACCAUUGUAUUUGUUAUAUUUCAUUAUAAUUUAAAUUAACAUACUCUAAAUUGAUGAUUUUCAUGAGUCAAUCUAAUGAAAUAUAGACUUAUUAACUCAUGGUCGUGCUCCUUAACUAACCUGGUUUGCUAUUAUUUACAGAUUAGUAAUAAUGCAACGAAAUUUCCCCAUAACUCUUUAUCAGAAAACUAUCCAAUUCCAAGACUGCCAAUGAUAAUCCAGAAAAGACCAGCCGACAUGGACUCGUGUUUACUAACAAAAGACACUGUCUCUUCAGAAGUCUCCCAGCCUUGCACGUUUCACCCUUUAGUGCUAGAUUAUCUCAACACAACAUUCUCCUCCGAACAGCUGAGUGAGAUAUCAUGUAGCCUACCUCUUCCUCCUAAAAAUACCACAAUACGAGUCAACUCUCUCCAUUACAAAACAGCUGAUGUGAUAUCAAACCUUAAGGCGCUGAUAGGAAGUCAGUUCAAUGUGACAGAGCAUCCAAUACUCGGGGAUUUAAUUGUUGUUUCUGGGAGGAGAAGAGAACUAUCAGACGAAGGCUGUCUUGGUAGAGUUGUUGUCGAUCAGAAAUGCGGUAAAGCAGUACUGAGAGGAGCUGACAUAUUUGCUCCGGGAAUAAAGGGACUGCCACAUCUCCAGGCUGGUUCUAAGGUCUCUGUUCACGUUGAUUUAGCUCAAAAAUGCAAGAAAGGAGAGAAAAACUACGACGGCUCAACGGUUCACAUUGCAAACGGUGUUUUGAAAUUGACACGUUUUGAUAUUUUCAAAAAUAUGGUUAAAAGUGGCGUUGGAGUUGAGAUAACUGAACGACGUAUCGAACUUCCCAGUUUGAACGGGAUUUUAGAAGAGCAGAUGUUCCUACAAAAUCUACCCUCAAUAGUGACAUCUCAUGUUUUAGACCCACAACCAGGAGAUCAUAUUUUAGAUAUGUGCUCUGCUCCCGGAGGUAAAACUACACAUAUAGCUCAACUUAUGGGGGACAAAGGCACUGUUGUUGCCCUGGAGAAAGUUCAAACCAAAGUUGAAAAAUUGAAAUCAAACGUUGCCAAACAAAACUUAAACUGCAUCAGUGUAUUCAAAUGUGAUGCCACUCUUGCUUUUAGCGAAGAAUCUGACUCCUUAUUAAAGCCACCCUUU